UCCAUUUUCCUUUUUUACAGAAAUAAAAAAAGUUAAUAUGAAUAUUAUAAUUUAUACCUCAUGUUUGUGUUUGGUAUACGCUACUUCAGCCGGAGAGGAUAUGAGUAAUUUCUCCCAUGAAGACAGAAAGUUUCGUUCAGUAAAGUACAACGACAUCUGGAAGCGUGCUUUAAAAACAGUACCCAAAAAAGAUUUACCAGAAUUGGGUAGAAUGCUCAAGAAGUUAGACAAAAGUGAGAUAGAUUUGAAACAUCAUUCAGGUGAAGAGGGUUAUGACGAAGAUGCUGCAAAACAUCUUCAAAAUCAUUUAGCUGAUAUUUUGCAUCGAUUUGGAGUUAUGGAGGACAUCAACACCACACACUUUGCGAAAAUUACUUUUGCUGAUCCGAGAUUGAACAGAAUCUGGAUCCAAGCUGUCAAAGAAGGGAAUUAUAGCCCAGAUGAAUUAGAAAGUCUUCACAAUGAAUUGAAGCACAUGGAAGGUAAACUCAACGACUACCACUCCUUCUCAGGGACUGUUGAAUCGCACGAGAAGCGUUUAAACGAAGAGUUAGAGAACGAUGCACAUGGAAACAACAAUUUUGUAGAUCACACUGAUGAAGAGAGUGAUCAUAAGAAGUUGAAGAAAAUGAAGAAGCAACUGAAACACGACUAUCAUCAUCUUCAGGAGAGUGUUCAAAUGUUAGAACAAACGGUACAAGACCGUAUUGGAAGAGCUGGUGACACUUUUUCUGAUGCACGUGUCUUGAAUUUAUGGAAGAAAGCUGAAGAGACCGGUAAAUUCUCUGAUAAAGAACUACAGUCUAUCAAAGAAGAGUUGCAGCACUUUCAAACCCGUAUCGACAAGUUACGACAUUGGGAAGGGAUGAGCGAAAAGUUAGAGAAGAGCGUUAAAGACGAAGGGCUUGAUCACAUACGGGAGGAGUAUGAUAACGCAAAGAAAAGAGUGGAAGAACACAAAAAAUAUGUAAAGAAAUAUCAUGCGACAAUGUUGAACCGUGUGUAUCAUCAUUCAGAACUUUAACGUACGAUGCAUGUGUCACCAUAGUGACGCGUGCGUGUCGCCGUAAUGAUGUACGCUUGUGGUUGUGUAGCGCGAGAGAAAGGGAAAAGUAAGAUACGCUGUGAACAGAAAUAUCUACUUGUGUCAGGAUUUAUUGAAUAGAAAUAUUAAUUCUUCAAUACCAAUAUAUGGGAAUCAGAAUUUCUAAAUUUCUUCGACUGUUUUGUUAUAUACAUAUUUGUAUUUGUUUUUUUAUUUAUAUUUUAUUUAUAUCGACAAUAAAUGUGUCUUUUGUCUUUUAAA